AUGAACACGCUCUCCCGGAGGGAGGAAGAUACGAUCAUUAAAAGCACCAAAGAAAGGGCUUUAAAGGAAUGUGGUCCGAUUGUUAGAGAGUUUGCGGAUUGUGCAAGUGGAAGAACAGUUUCGGUUGUGUGGGCUUGUCGAGGAAAGUAUCGCACGCUACAAACAUGCAUGCACAAAUAGUAAGUCAUGGUGAUCGGAAAAAGCUGGAGGGAGCAUACUAGAGGGUUCAUUGCAGCACAAAUGAAGAAGCCAUGGCUCACGUCCGAGCCGAAUAUAUUCGACUACGACGAACUGCUGGGAUAGACGCUG